CUGGGAUGGGGCCAUGGGGGGGGUGGUCCGCCUGGAAGCAGGAGCUGCUCCUGAGUCUGCAGUGCAGGGAUGGAGCUCCGUGCUGACAGCUUCUGUGCUGCUCCAUGGGAAGAGAAUGGCCCAAGCCACGGUAGCAGCAACAUCCAUGCAUGAUGAAGACCCAUCUGAAAGCAGGAUGGUGGUCACGUUCCUCGUGUCAGCACUGGAGUCCAUGUGUAAAGAACUUGCCAAAUCCAAGGCAGAAGUUGCCUGCAUCGCUGUCUAUGAAACAGACGUCUUUGUAGUUGGAACUGAGAGGGGAAGAGCCUUUGUUGAUUCCAGGAAAGAUUUUCAGAAGGAUUUUCUUAAAUACUGUGUUGUAGAAGGGGAGAGGGCUGCAGAGCUGCAGGAAACGAAGUGUGUACCACCUGCCAACAGACUGACAGUGGAUGCCAUGGAACUGGAAGCUCUCAGGAAGUCUGUGGAGGACUACUUCUGCUUUUGCUAUGGUAAAGCUUUAGGAAAGUCAACGGUGGUCCCCGUGCCGUAUGAGAAGAUUCAGAGAGACCAAUCUGCUGUGGUGGUGCAGGGCCUGCCUGAGGGGCUUGCAUUCAUGCAUCCUGAAAAUUACGAUGUUUCAACCCUGAAGUGGAUUUUGGAAAAUAAGUCGGGGAUCUCAUUUAUCAUCAAAAGGCCUUUCCUAGAGCCCAAGAAACAGUUAGGAGCUCAUGUGACAGAUCCUUCACAAUCAAUUAUACCUCCAGGUGGAAGUUGCCCUCCUGUUCAAGUGAAAAUGGAACCAAGUGAGGAUUCUGGAAUUCCUUUGGAAAUGUCAACAGUGACAGUGAAGGAAGAAUCAGAGGAUCCUGAUUACUAUCAGUACAAUAUUCAAGGAGGCCCUUCUGAAACAUCAGAGAUGGAUGAAAGAAUUGCUCUUGCCAAAAGUUACACAGAUUCCUCCCAGCAUCCUCCUUCAGAAACACGUGAGGAUCCUGAGGUCGAGGUCACCCUAGAAGAUGAUGAAGACUACUUGCCCCCUAACAAGAGAUCGAAGAACACUGAGACAGCAAAUGAAGUUGCCAGUACUGGGAAAAGAAAAGCAAGAGAGUUCAAUUUUGAUAAAUGGAAUGCACGAAUUACAGACUUGAGAAGGCAAGUUGAAGAACUGUUUGAGAAAAAAUAUGCUCAGGCCAUAAAAGCAAAGGGCCCCGUGUCCGUCCCGUACGCCCUGUUCCAGUCACACGUGGAAGACCUCUAUGUGGAAGGCCUGCCAGAGGGUGUUCCCUUCAGAAGGCCGUCCACGUACGGCAUUCCUCGCCUGGAGAGGAUCCUCGUAGCGAAGGAGCGGAUCCGCUUUGUGAUUAAAAAGCACGAGCUUUUGAAUUCAACACAAGAAGAUUCACCAGUGGACAAACCAGCUGCAGGAGCGAAAGAGGAGUGGUAUGCCAAAAUCAACAAACUGAGAAAGACGGUAGAUCAGCUCUUCUGUAAGAAGUUUGCUGAGGCCUUGGGGAGCACUGAGCCUAAAGCUGUUCCAUACCAGAAAUUUGAGGUCCAUUCUGCUGACCUCUAUGUUGAAGGUCUACCUGAGAACAUUCCUUUUAGGAGUCCAUCAUGGUAUGGGAUCCCUCGCCUUGAAAAAAUAAUUCAAGUGGGCAACAGAAUAAAAUUUGUAAUCAAAAGGCCAGAGCUGCUAACUCUCAGUUCACCUGAAGUUACUCAACCUGGGACAGACACACCAGGCAAGACAGCCAAAGAAGAUUGGAAUGUCAGGAUCACAAAGCUAAGAAAGCAAGUAGAAGAGAUCUUUAAUAUGAAAUUUGCUUCAGCUCUGGGGCUUUCAGAGGCAGUGAAAGUUCCCUAUCCUGUAUUUGAAUCAAACCCUGAGUACUUGUAUGUGGAAGGCUUGCCAGAAGGAAUUCCCUUCCGGAGCCCCACGUGGUUUGGGAUUCCACGCCUGGAAAGAAUUGUCCGCGGGAGCAACAAAAUCAAAUUUGUUGUUAAGAAGCCUGAGCUUGUCGCCUCCUAUUUGCCAUCAAGACUGGCUAGUCAAUUAAACACUAAAGCAAAUCCAAAGAGUUCAAAAAGGUUACAAGGUCCUGCAAGCAAUUUACAGGUUCCAGAGAUAGAAGUUACUGUUGAAGAAGGUCCUAAUAAAGCACAAACAGCAGAUGUUCAAACUAAUUCUCAAACCAAUGGGUCCAGUAUGAGUUUCAAGCCAAGAGGAAGAGAUUUUUCUUUUGAGGCAUGGAAUGCCAAAAUUACUGACCUAAAGCAGAAAGUUGAAAAUCUUUUUAAUGAAAAAUGUGGGGAAGCACUGGGGCUGAAUGAGCCAGUGAAGGUCCCGUUUGCAUUGUUUGAAUCCUUCCCGGAGGUUUUCUAUGUGGAAGGCCUACCAGAUGGAGUGCCGUUCCGACGACCUUCUACUUUUGGAAUUCCGAGGCUAGAGAAGAUUCUGAGAAACAAAUCUAAGAUAAAAUUCGUUAUUAAAAAGCCUGAGAUGUUUGAGGCGGCGGUGAAGGAGAGUUCUGCUAAAAGUCCCCAGAAAAAAAAGAAUCCACCUAAUACAGCCAGUACAGCAAGCACAACAGCAAAUACAGCAGUGAGCACAGCAGCAGGAGUUGAAGAUCUUAACAUCAUUCAAGUAACUUUGCUAGAUGAUGAAAGUGAAAGACUUUCAAAGGUAGAGAAGGCCAGACAACUGAGAGAGCAAGUGAAUGAUCUCUUCAGCAGGAAAUUUGGUGAAGCCAUUGGUAUGAAUUUUCCUGUGAAAGUCCCGUACAGAAAAAUCACAAUCAACCCUGGCUGCGUGGUGGUGGAUGGGAUGCCUCCUGGAGUGUCCUUUAAAGCUCCCAGUUAUCUGGAGAUCAGCUCCAUGAGGAAGAUUUUGGAAUCAUCAGAGUUCAUCAAAUUUACUGUCAUCCGACCAUUUCCAGGACUUGUGAUGAACAACCAGCUAAUGGAGAAAACUGAAGCAGAAGCACCAACAGCACCAGCAGCAGCAGCAGCACCCACACUACCAGGUGAUGCAGUGUGACAUGUUUCCUUGCAGAAGGGGUGGGAUAUGGAGUUCUAGAUGCUAUUGGCAGAUGAUAUCAAUAGUCAUGCCCUGGGUAUGCACUGCUUAUGAUGAGCUGUUUUAUUUUGACAGAUGGUGUGCAAUGAUGAUGUUUAUAACCAUUAAAUAUUAACACGUUAAUAGAAAGAAGCAUUGCUUCCUUCAAGCUAUGUCAUUGGCAUGUUCCUUAAUUUGAUUUUUGCAGAUGAUGAGUGAGCUGAAAGGAAGGAUCAGUAGAGGCAAUAUAUAAAGGCAAUUCCGUGUCUGUUUAAUGAUGUCUGCUUAACUCAGAGUGUGUGUCUGUGCCAGAUCGAUGUUCAGCCAAGCUAAGUUUGCCUGCAAAAUGUGUAAGAACCCAGAAAAGGGUCUCGAUGGAAUUUCUAUCCACUAAACAGCACUGAAAGCCCUGUUAGAUUGCAUCUGGACUGCACUCACAUGACCCUUCUUAAUCUGAAUUGAGAGUUUUGUUCUGUGCUGGGAGUUGCUGAAGUAAAUGUAGUUGAACAACUUCCUUUUGACCCAGUAUUUCAGAAAUUCUCACAGGCCUUUUAGAAAUGUGUAUCUCAAGUUGUCAGUAGCCUUCUGCUAUUGACUGAACAGAAUGUCACUCAGAGAAACAGAAAACAUUUAAUAAACAUUUCAAGAGUAAGGGGCACUUCUGUGGUAACAGAAAGGGAGCUGUUCCCUCCUCUGCUUCUGUUGGGGUGGCAGGGAGAAAAACGUCUGUUUCUGUUGGGUGAACUCUGUCCUUAACUUACCUGCACUGUUAAUAAGGUUCUGUGGUUUUCCCAACAGCUGUCAGUCUCUAAGCCAUCAACACAGAUUGUAGAAAAGGUAUUAUGGAAAUAAAAUGUGAUUUUUGCCCUCUACUCUGCAGCUUCCCCCUCUCCACCAAAAUAGACGUGCUCACCACUGAGAACAAAAGUAUCCAGAAGUGGUGUGAUGUAUGUUUGAAAUCCAGACUUAAAUAUAAGUGGUUUGAAUUAAGCUGAUGCAAAUCUGAUGUAUUCUGUGCAGGUAUGCAUUGUUUUGCUGGAGCUCAGUGAUGUCUGCUACAGUGACCCACACACUGAGGGCAAUGUUAAUGUAAUACAGUGAAUGUUUGGAUGCUUUUUAUAUAUUUUGCUAUAAAGUCAAUAGCAAGCUACAGAUCUUUGUCUCAGAAAUAUUUAUGUGAUUCUAAGAGGGGAAAAAAUGAGACUUUUUUUCCUUCUUAUUUCAGAGAAAACUUAAUUUUCCUAACUUUUGCUAAGACACUUAUUUGUUUCAUACCCUGGAAAUAACAUGCAUAUUCAUGUGACUUUGUUU